AUGGACGCUGGGGCUGCGAAAACCCCGCAGACUGCUACUGCCAACGGCAGCGCCAGCAGCACCUCCCAACAGCCCAACGGCGCUGCUCAAAAUGACCUCUCCCAGGUCUUACAGGCUCUGCAGGCCAUCUACAGUCCCUCCUCCACAAACGAUACCCGCCGACAAGCUACGGAAUAUCUAGAGCAGGCCAAACGGCACCCGGAAGCUCCCUCACAUGGCCACACCCUCGCCCUCGACAGGUCGCAGCCUGCGCAGCUCCGGCACUAUGGCCUGACCAUGCUGGAAUACUCCAUAAAGUACAAUUGGGAGGAUUUCUCGGAAGAGCAAGGAGCCGCGCUGCGGAACUACGUUAUUGAAUUGGCGCAAAACAUCUCAGAGGAGGAUCCAGUCUACCUGCGGAACAAAGUGGCUCAGCUAUGGACCGAAGUCGCAAAACGAUCAUGGGCGGCAGAGUGGAUGAAUAUGGACGAGCAGCUCGUGGAGCUGUGGCGAAGCUCUCUUCACCACCAGGCCGUCGUCCUGUACAUCCUCGAGACACUUUCCGAGGAAAUUUUCAACCGCGAAGACACUACUGCAGGUUUACGAGGCAGCGAUCUGGGCCGCGCCUGCGUCGAGAUAUUCACUCCCGCCGCCGUUCUCGCCGAACACCUCCCCUCACGAGACAAGGGCUUGGAUGUGCGAUGCGGCGACGAGGGUUGGCUGAAGAGACUGUGUGAUAAUCUGACGUGGUGUUUGUCGCAGGACUACCAAAACCAGGAGCGCGUGCGGCUCUGCGCCGUGAAGACCAUGAAUGCGCUCCGCGCCUGCAUGUCAUGGGUCAUCCCGAAAGCGAUAGUCGCCGUCCAGGUCAUAGAACAUGUUUGCAAGCCAUUGGCUGUGCCUGUGGUGGAAUUACAAUUGGCAUCCGUCGAGGUUUUGCAGGCUAUCUACAGCAGGCACCAUCUUCAUGACGACGAAUUCGUGGAACUGGUCUGCCCCAUGUUCACGCCUGGUAGCGUCUCGCUGCUGCGCGAGGUGUACAAUUGGACCUUGGCCGAUAUGAACGCGCACGAUCUCAACGAGCAAAAGUACAACCUUUGCAAGAAGCUUUCGGAGUUGGCUAAUAGCUUGGGUCUGUUCAUCGAACAAAAGCCGCAGAGCGUUCCGGAGGGUAGCGAUCUCGCUGGCAUUUUUGGACUUCUGUUCGACAUCUUCCGGAACCCAAGUCUGGUGGUGUCAAUUCCCGUUCUUCACUGUUGGACGAAGCUAUUGCGCUCGCGGAUCGUUCGCGAUUCAGAGGUGGUGACCCAGAUGAUCGGCGGCCUGCUAGAGACUUGCUGCGCUCGUCUGGUACGAUACGAAUCGUUCCCGGAGGAUUCGGAAGACGUCACGAUUCUUUUCCUCAAUGAGGACAUCGAUACCGUUCCUGAAAGGCAUGCAUUUUUGGGCAACUACCGUCGGUUCUGUGCAGAGGUGAUCGAGGUUCUUGUUCGGAGAACGCCAGUGGAGGCUAUGGAACACAUCUUGGGACAGGCCACCAAUACUUUCCAGCGGCUGUAUGACGGCCAGCCGCCCUUUCAACCGCAAACAUUUUCCAAGAGCUCUGCCCCUGUUCUGCAGGUCGAUGCGCAAGUUACCAUCAUCGACGCGGCUCUGAAAGGUUACCUGAAGUGGUUAUCGACCCAUGGUGCGGCUGACGAUCCACAGCAGGACGACCAAAUGCGUAACACAAUGGAAGACUCUUUCGAGCAAUGGUGUCGACAGCUUCUCCAGGCACGAUUCGAAGAUCCCGAGAUCUCUAAGAAGGUUAUCCAGCUCAUGUCUACGUUUUCGACAAAAGCACUGCCCAACCGGCCUGCCUUUGCCUUGACAUUCCUCGAGCAUAUGCUGACGGUGAAACUUGCUGAUAACACGGCAUUUACCCAGUACUCGGAGGCAGUCAAGGACCUCGAACGUGUCUGCAGUCUCGAGAUGCAGAAACUCGCUAUGAAAUUUCCAGAUGACUUUAUGAAGGUUUAUGAUAGCUUAGAGCAGAAGAUUAACGAAAUGAUUGCAUUGCCUGAUACGGACGAUAGACAGCGGAUGGCAUUCAACGCGUUCUUGUUCAUCAUCAUACAUCGAUCGACGACACUGGACCGUGGAACGCAAGAAGCUCGAAUGAAGCAAUUGCUCGGCCAGGUCAAGGAAGCUUGGCGCAACGAUGAUUUCACGAAUUCGAUAUCUACAUUCCAGUCUUUCUGUGGUGUUCUAGCUAUGGAUCGGUUGCCGGACUUCUUCUCAGCCCACAACUUCAGGGGUGUGUCGGACUGGUCCGAACACGCUCUCCCUGCCGAAGGACAGGCACUGCAGGCGGAGAUAUUGCAACGAUCAAACCGCCUUCCUCUUCGUCUUACCAAGACUUUGCUGGCUGCGUCCAUCGAGAAGCUCCGCGAUGGCUCCCCUGCAUAUGAGACUGCGGCUGUGCUUUGGGCUGAAGCCAUACCCGUCAUACUCCCAAACUUGCUGCAGCUUGUUAGCUACGCUCAAGCGUUCAACAAUGUCGAAUCAAGCUGGUCUCAUCUUCCAAUUGAGCUGCAGCAGGUCAUUAGCAGAGUCUUGACUGACAGGUUCUGGCAAGCCGGCAUCUCAACCGAAAGCCGGGAAGACUUCUUCUCUCGCGUUAGCGGUUCCAAGUCAACCUAUGAAGGCUUCGCCUCUACUGUGCGUGGGACAGUUCGACAGAUCCGCGAGAGCUCCUACUACAUUCUCUACUCAUUGACUCGCUUCCGCGAUUUCUUCUACGGCAUUGCAGAUCUUCCUGGUCCCCUUAGUCAGGCUCUGUUCGCAAAUGCAUCUGCACUAUCGGCUCAUCAUCUGUCAGUUCUAUUGAGCGUGUCAACCCAUCUCAUCGAAGGUUGCCCCGCGCAGCUCCGACCGCAAUUCUUACCACCGAUGAUAGAAGGCCUCUUCAGAGAGUUGAACAGGAAGAUUACGUCGGAAUGGGACUUCAUCAACCGACAGAUUGCAGAGUCUGGUGAGAAUGACAAUCUCACGGAUGAGAUGAAGAAUGAGAGCAUAUUGAGACAACUCACAUUCACCUCCGUCUCUCUCGUAGCUGUUCUGCUCGACUCCCGUAGCGACCUCUCCCGCCAGGAAGGUCAAGCCCCCAACGAGGUUCCCAUGCACCACUUCAUCCUCACCACCUCUUCUGUCCUCGAACCUAUCCUCCUCUUCUGCAACUCCACUCUCCGCGUCCGCGACACCAGGUCCGUCGUGACCAUCGUUCGCGCCCUGCGCAACCUUCUACCGCGCUUCCGAGAGAAGUCGCCAAUCCGCGACUUCUUCUGCGACGAGAUCUUUAAGAAUGCGAUCACAUCGCUCCACGAGCCCUACUUUGUUGAUUGCCAGAAGGACCUUGCAAUCUUGAUCGCAGGAAUCAUCCACCUUGACGAAGACAUCCCUCGAAACAUCCUCCUCAGUCUCCCCGGAAUGGGCGACGUCUACCGCGUAGACCGACGCCUUGCUCGACUCCGUGGUGCGAACCGCAGCGACGAGCGCCUCCAGCGUAGCAUCAUUCUUGACCUACUCUCCAGCGUCCGUGGUGUGAGCAUCCACGAACAGGGAAAGAUCGAGCGGGCGAAGCCAAAGAAGAAAACCGCUUUCGAAGAGCAAUACAUGAGUGUCGACCAAUCUGCGACCAUCGUCAGGGGCACAUCCCCCGGCCUUGCAGGUGUUGCUGAUAUGUUUGGCGAUGCUUAA